UGAUCAUAUUCACAACAUAAACUAAACCAGUUGUUCCUAUAUAUUGUUGUACAGUGUUGAUACUCUACCACGUGACUGCGCUUUAUAACCAACCGACUGACACACAAACCUGUCAAAAGCUUGCGGGUACAGCUUGACUAGGAUCAACAUGUGGGCCGUAAGAUUUGCCGCUUUCCUCACAUGCAUUGGAGUGAUCUCUGGGUAUGGCUCGUACAGGGACAGGAUACCUAAUGGCUACAACCUGCCCCACCCUUGUGUGGCGGGGGAGAUGUGGCAGGGGGUGGGGCAUCUGAACCCGGCGGGUGGAGGUGAAAGAAAUCAGUUCGGUCUCGCUUUUGCAAGUCAAGGCAGAACGUGGGCUAAUGUGUGUAACAUGGACUCUGAUGGUGAUGGGAUGACCAAUGGUCAGGAGCUAGGUGACCCUCAGUGCAUCUGGACAACUGGAGCCACACCCGCAAGGACAACUGAACUCACGCACCCAGGUUUUUGUGAUACCUCUUCAAGUCAGACGUGUGCUGGACUCAUCACAGCUCCGUGUACAAGUUCUAAAUUCAACUGUACAGGAACUACAGAAACAGGAGUCCAAAAACGAACUCUGAAGAUUCCACGAACACCUGUACCUGGCAAGGAAACCACCUAUGUUUGCAUGACCUUUGACCUGGACCAAUCACAGGAUUACCACCUGAUUGCCACAGAACCGGAAAUAGACAACGUUGACAUCAUGCACCAUAUUCUCCUUUACGGCUGUCGUGAUUAUGCGCCCAAAAUUGAAAGUCCAGAAGAAUGCGGGAUGUCCAGCCCUGCCUGCCAGGAUGUCAUUGGGUUGUGGAGCUUUGGCAUGUUUGGUCAGUGUCUCUACAAAGAAGCUGGCUUCAGAAUUGGAAAAACCGGCUACAAGAGGGUCCUCCUUGAGUUUCACUGGAACAACCCCUUAAAAGCAACUGGCAAGAUGGAUGGUUCUGGCCUCAAUCUCUACUACACGCCCAACCUUCGCACCCACGACGCAGGGGUGUUUUGGACAGGCGACACAAACAUUGUCAUCCCGCCUGGACGGAGCAGGACCGUGCUCGAAUCCAUGUGUCCCGCACGCUGCACCAACAAGAUCCUGAAAGACACCAUAUAUAUGAUAUCGGGAAUCAACCACAUGCAUUACAAAGGCAUCGCACAGACGGUAGAACUCUUCAGCGGAGACCAGAAGAGGUACCUCACCAAUGAUCUCAACUACAACUACGACGAUCCAACAAGCGUAUCAUAUGAUCCCCCCGUGCCUAUUCAUCGUGGUGAUUCCUUGAAGACGACUUGCGUAUACCAAUCUCUGUCUACUAAGACGACCACAUUCUACGGUGAUGCCACAAGUAACGAGAUGUGUUUUGGUAUCUUCAUCUACUACCCCAAACAGGCCAGCAGCAAUAGCAAUUGUGUCACUUAUAAGACUCUCAACCGCUGUGAUAUUGAAAAGGGAGCAUUAAUGGGUUGCAACAUUGCCGAGUUCUUCAACAACUCACAUCCUGUGACUAAAAUGGUUAUGGACAAGGUGUUGGACAAUUGCAGUCCUUACUAUGGAUGUCGAGAGGAAUGUCCUGCAGCUAUUGCUGAGGCUGAGCGUCAUCCUUGUCUAGCCAAGGGUGAUGUACAGAAUUACCUGCUGACCAUGAGGUCCAGAAACCCCGAUCUCAAAACAACCAAAUUUGUAGCUGCAUUUGGAUCCUGCUCAUGCAAGAAGGACGACAACGGGAAAUACCCAAUUUCAACUGCCGGGGCUACAUCGGCUGACGCCCUUGUAUCAACUGUUGUCCUGGCAUUCUGUUCAGUCUUACUGUUGUAGAUGACUGUAUGUUCAUUUCCACCAUGGUAAACUGUACCUACAUAAUUUGUGUAUCCCGCAGUCUACUGGGCUCAUUAUAAUAUUCAACUGCCGGGAAAAAAAAGUACACACCCGUGUCUGAUGGCUACAAAUGUACCGAUGGUGCUGUAUUUCGUACGGGUAUCAUAGUUGUUUUUUGGAUCUAACAGUGUCGGCGACUGUUUUCAGCCUUGUAACAGUUUGGUAACGUGUGUAACAGUUUGGUAACGUGUGUAAUGUUUUGGUCAAAUAAACUUUCAAAUGUAUAUUUUUUUUUGCCCAGCAGUUUGCAUUGAAUUUUGAAGAUAUACACACCAAUGUUUCAACAAAGUAUCUUCUAAAUAAACAAAUUAUUUAUGUGUAUUACUUUUUAGGAUGGUCUUAAUAGAGUUGCGUGUUAACUUGUCACCAUCGCGUAAUAACUUCAUUUUGAUAUCUGUUAACAAUAAUAAAUGACGAAGCAUUCCCAGUAGGGGAGCGAGUUUGCUGUAUGAUUAAAUUGCAUGUAUUGAAGUAAUGAAAAUAAGGUCAGACUCUCACGACAUUUCGACACGCUAGGAUGUGCACAAUUGAAUAGCUUUUAAAGAUGAUGCACGGAGAAUAUGAUCUCAUUGCUGUUUUGUGGAAAUAAAAUAUUGACAUAUCAA